AGCCCGGCCCGGCCCGGCCCAGCCCAGGGAUGAGCCCGGCGCGCGGCUGAGCUGCUCCCGCCCGCGGCCCCGGCAGCGCCCGCAGCUGCAGCCAUGAACCCCGCGGACGGGCCGGCGGACGAGGGCGCCGGCCCCGACUCGGACGUGGACGCUUUCUUCCGCACAGGGUCUUUUCGAAACGAUGGCUUAAAAGCGGCUGAUGUCCUUCCCAUCCUGAAGGAGAAAGUGGCCUUUGUGUCAGGUGGCCGUGAUAAACGAGGUGGUCCCAUCCUGACCUUCCCAGCACGCAGCAAUCACGACAGAAUAAGGCAGGAAGACCUACGGAAACUUGUGACUUAUUUGGCCAGUGUGCCAAGUGAAGAUGUCUGUAAACGAGGAUUCACUGUUAUCAUUGAUAUGCGGGGAUCCAAAUGGGACUUGAUCAAGCCUCUGCUGAAGACCCUUCAGGAAGCCUUUCCUGCUGAGAUUCAUGUUGCCCUGAUCAUCAAACCUGACAACUUCUGGCAGAAGCAGAAAACUAAUUUUGGCAGUUCCAAAUUCAUCUUUGAGACAAGUAUGGUUUCUGUUGAAGGCCUGGCAAAGCUUGUUGAUCCUUCCCAACUGACUGAUGAGUUUGAAGGAUCCUUGGACUACAAUCAUGAUGAGUGGAUAGAGCUGAGAGUCUCCUUGGAAGAGUUUUUCAACAGUGCCAUCCAUUUGUUAUCGAGGCUGGAGGACCUUCAGGAAAUGUUGGCUAGGAAAGAAUUUCCAGUUGAUGUUGAAGGGUCAAGGAGGCUGAUCGACGAGCAUACACAGCUCAAGAAAAAAGUGAUCAAAGCACCCGUGGAGGAACUGGAUCGAGAGGGCCAAAGGUUAUUACAAUGUAUAAGGUGCAGUGAUGGUUUUUCUGGUAGGAACUGCAUUCCUGGAAGUGCCGACUUCCAAAGUCUUGUGCCAAAGAUCACCAGCCUCUUGGACAAGUUGCAUUCUACUCGGCAACAUUUGCACCAGAUGUGGCAUGUCCGCAAGCUGAAACUAGACCAGUGCUUUCAACUCCGACUCUUUGAGCAAGAUGCAGAGAAGAUGUUCGACUGGAUCAGCCACAACAAGGAGUUGUUCCUGCAGAGUCAUACGGAGAUCGGAGUGAGCUACCAACACGCCCUCGACUUACAGACACAGCAUAAUCACUUUGCUAUGAAUUCCAUGAACGCCUAUGUCAACAUCAAUCGCAUCAUGUCAGUGGCAUCCAGGCUCUCCGAGGCAGGCCAUUAUGCUUCCCAGCAAAUUAAACAAAUCUCCACCCAGCUGGAUCAAGAAUGGAAGAGCUUCGCUGCAGCCCUGGAUGAGCGCAGCACCAUCCUCGCCAUGUCUGCUGUAUUUCACCAGAAGGCCGAGCAGUUCCUUUCAGGUGUGGAUGCCUGGUGUAAAAUGUGCAGUGAAGGAGGCCUCCCAUCAGAAAUGCAAGACCUGGAGUUGGCCAUCCAUCAUCAUCAGUCCCUCUAUGAACAGGUGACCCAGGCCUACACAGAGGUAAGCCAAGAUGGGAAGGCCUUGCUGGAUGUCCUGCAGCGUCCUCUGAGCCCUGGAAACUCUGAAUCCCUCACUGCCACAGCAAACUAUUCCAAAGCAGUCCACCAGGUUUUGGAUGUGGUACAUGAAGUCUUGCAUCACCAGCGGCGCCUAGAAAGCAUCUGGCAGCACAGAAAGGUCCGGUUGCAUCAAAGGCUGCAGCUCUGUGUUUUCCAGCAGGAUGUUCAACAGGUAUUGGACUGGAUUGAAAACCAUGGGGAAGCCUUUCUCAGUAAACACACUGGAGUGGGAAAAUCGCUACACAGGGCACGAGCCCUUCAGAAGAGACAUGAUGAUUUUGAAGAAGUCGCGCAGAACACGUACACCAAUGCAGACAAGCUCUUAGAGGCUGCAGAGCAGUUGGCUCAGACUGGGGAAUGUGAUCCUGAAGAGAUCUACAAAGCAGCCCGGCAUCUGGAAGUGCGGAUUCAGGACUUUGUCCGGAGAGUGGAACAAAGGAAACUUCUCUUGGACAUGUCUGUCUCCUUCCAUACCCACACCAAAGAGCUGUGGACAUGGAUGGAAGAUCUGCAGAAGGAGCUCUUAGAGGAUGUCUGUGCUGAUUCAGUGGAUGCUGUUCAGGAGCUUAUCAAGCAGUUCCAGCAGCAACAGACAGCUACCCUGGAUGCUACUCUCAACGUUAUUAAGGAAGGGGAAGAUCUAAUCCAGCAGCUCAGGGACUCAGCGGUUUCCAACAAUAAGACUCCACACAAUAGCUCCAUCAGCCACAUUGAAUCUGUCCUUCAGCAGCUCGACGAGGCCCAGGUACAGAUGGAAGAGCUUUUCCAUGAGAGGAAAAUUAAGCUAGACAUUUUCCUUCAGCUCCGGAUCUUUGAGCAGUACACCAUCGAGGUAACGGCAGAGUUAGACGCCUGGAAUGAAGAUUUGCUGAGGCAAAUGAAUGAUUUCAAUACUGAGGAUCUCACUCUGGCUGAGCAGCGCUUGCAGCGCCACACGGAGCGGAAGCUGGCCAUGAACAACAUGACCUUCGAGGUCAUCCAGCAAGGGCAAGAUUUACAUCAGUACAUCAUGGAAGUCCAGGCUUCAGGCAUCGAGCUGAUUUGCGAAAAGGACAUCGAUCUUGCAACGCAAGUGCAAGAGCUGCUGGAGUUCCUCCACGAGAAACAGCAUGAGCUAGAGCUUAACGCCGAUCAGACUCACAAGCGGCUGGAACAGUGCCUGCAGCUUCGACACCUACAGGCGGAGGUCAAGCAGGUGCUAGGCUGGAUUCGGAACGGGGAGUCGAUGCUCAAUGCCAGCCUCGUCAAUGCAAGCUCCCUCUCAGAAGCUGAGCAACUCCAGCGAGAACAUGAGCAAUUCCAGCUGGCCAUAGAGUCCCUCUUUCAUGCCACUUCCUUACAGAAGACGCACCAGAGCGCCCUGCAGGUACAGCAGAAAGCUGAAGUGCUGCUGCAGGCUGGACACUACGAUGCAGAUGCUAUCCGGGAGUGCGCUGAAAAAGUGGCACUACAUUGGCAACAGCUGAUGCUGAAGAUGGAGGACAGGCUCAAGCUCGUCAACGCAUCGGUUGCUUUUUAUAAAACCUCCGAGCAGGUCUGCAGUGUCCUGGAGAGCCUGGAGCAGGAGUACAGACGGGACGAAGACUGGUGCGGCGGCCGGGAUAAACUGGGGCCAGCAGCUGAGAUUGACCACGUCAUCCCGCUGAUCAGCAAACAUCUGGAACAGAAGGAAGCUUUUCUCAAGGCCUGCACAUUAGCACGAAGGAACGCUGAAGUAUUCCUCAAGUACAUUCACAGAAACAAUGUCAGCAUGCCUGGAGUAGCAAGCCAUACCAGGGGGCCUGAGCAGCAAGUGAAAGCUAUUCUCAGCGAGCUGUUGCAGAGAGAGAACCGGGUUCUUCAUUUCUGGACCUUGAAGAAACGGAGAUUAGAUCAGUGCCAACAAUAUGUGGUCUUUGAGCGCAGUGCCAAGCAGGCCUUAGACUGGAUCCAAGAAACAGGCGAGUAUUACCUCUCCACCCACAACUCCACAGGGGACUCAGCAGAAGAAACUCAGGAACUCCUAAAAGAAUAUGGGGAAUUCAGAGUACCCGCCAAGCAAACCAAGGAAAAAGUGAAGCUUCUCAUCCAGCUGGCUGACAGUUUUGUAGAAAAAGGACAUAUACACGCCACUGAAAUCAGGAAAUGGGUCACCACGGUUGAUAAACACUAUCGAGACUUCUCUCUGAGGAUGGGAAAAUACCGCUACUCGUUGGAGAAAGCCCUUGGAAUUAAUACAGAGGAUAACAAGGACCUGGAACUGGACAUCAUUCCAGCUAGUCUUUCAGACCGGGAGGUGAAGCUGCGAGAUGCUAAUCAUGAGGUUAAUGAAGAAAAAAGGAAGUCAGCCCGAAAGAAAGAAUUCAUUAUGGCUGAACUGCUUCAGACAGAAAAAGCUUAUGUCAGGGACUUACAUGAAUGCUUAGAGACCUACCUUUGGGAGAUGACCAGUGGAGUAGAGGAGAUACCCCCUGGGAUACUUAAUAAAGAACAUAUAAUCUUUGGCAACAUUCAGGAGAUCUAUGACUUUCAUAACAACAUUUUCCUGAAAGAACUAGAGAAAUAUGAACAACUGCCUGAAGACGUGGGCCAUUGCUUCGUCACCUGGGCAGAUAAAUUUCAGAUGUAUGUCACCUACUGCAAAAACAAGCCUGAUUCUAGCCAGCUCAUCCUGGAACAUGCCGGGACUUUCUUUGAUGAAAUUCAGCAAAGGCAUGGUCUAGCCAACUCCAUCUCCUCCUAUUUAAUCAAGCCUGUCCAGAGGAUCACCAAAUACCAGCUUUUACUGAAGGAGCUGUUAACAUGCUGUGAAGAAGGCAAAGGGGAACUCAAAGAUGGCCUAGAAGUAAUGCUUAGCGUCCCUAAGAAAGCCAAUGAUGCCAUGCAUGUCAGCAUGCUGGAAGGAUUUGAUGAGAACCUGGAUGUUCAGGGAGAGCUGAUUCUGCAGGAUUCCUUCCAGGUGUGGGACCCCAAGUCUCUCAUUCGGAAAGGCCGGGAGAGGCACUUGUUCCUCUUUGAAAUCUCGUUGGUUUUUAGCAAGGAGAUCAAAGAUUCAUCAGGACACACAAAAUAUGUUUACAAGAACAAAUUACUGACCUCAGAACUGGGAGUGACAGAGCAUGUUGAAGGAGAUCCCUGUAAAUUUGCCUUGUGGUCUGGGCGGACACCAUCUUCAGACAAUAAAACAGUGUUGAAGGCAUCCAGUAUUGAAACAAAACAGGAAUGGAUCAAAAAUAUCCGGGAAGUCAUUCAGGAAAGGAUUAUCCAUUUGAAAGGAGCUUUGAAGGAACCAAUCCAGCUCCCCAAGACACCAGCAAAGCAGAGAAACAACAGUAAAAGAGAUGGAAUAGAAGAUGUGGACAGCCAAGGAGAUGGUAGCAGUCAGCCCGACACCAUUUCCAUUGCAUCCAGGACCUCACAAAACACAGUGGACAGUGAUAAGCUGUCUGGAGGCUGUGAGCUCACCGUGGUGCUACAAGACUUCACUGCCAGCCAUAGCAGCGAGCUGAGCAUCCAAGUGGGACAGACCGUGGAGUUACUAGAGAGACCGAGUGAAAGGCCGGGCUGGUGUUUGGUACGGACGACGGAGCGGAGCCCCCCUCAGGAAGGUCUCGUCCCCAGCAGCACUCUCUGCAUCUCCCACUCCCGGAGCAGCGUGGAGAUGGACUGCUUCUUCCCUUCAGGAAAAGAUGGAUAUUCGGUCUCGUCUAAUGAAAAUGGAGGCAAGUCUGACUCGGUGGCCAAUUUGCAGCCUCAGCCAUCCCUCAACUCAAUCCAAAGCUCUCCGGGCCCAAAGCGGUCAACCAAUACACUCAAGAAAUGGCUGACAAGCCCCGUGCGUCGGCUGAACAGCGGGAAGGCGGAGAGUAACAUCAAAAAACAGAAGAAGGUCCGAGAUGGCAGGAAGAGCUUUGACUUGGGCUCCCCGAAGACGGGAGAUGAGACCACGCCUCAAGGGGACAGUGCAGAUGAGAAGAGCAAGAAAGGUUGGGGAGAAGAUGAACCAGAUGAAGAAUCGCACACACCACUCCCCCCUCCGAUGAAGAUUUUUGAUAAUGACCCUGCACAGGAUGAGAUGUCCUCCUCUUUGCUAGCUGCUCGUCAGAGCUCCUCCGAUGUGCCAACUGCUGCGGAUCUUGUCAGUGCAAUAGAAAAGUUGGUCAAAAGUAAGCUGACCCUAGAAGGAGGAUCUUAUCGAGGAAGCUUAAAAGAUGCCACUGGCUGCUUAAAUGAAGGGAUGACGCCUUCCACUCCCCCAAGAAACCUUGAAGAGGAGCAAAAAGCCAAAGCAAUGCGAGGCAGGAUGUUCGUCUUAAAUGAGCUGGUACAGACUGAGAAAGACUAUGUCAAAGAUUUGGGAACUGUGGUAGAGGGCUUCAUGAAGAGAAUAGAAGAAAAAGGGGUUCCUGAAGACAUGAAAGGGAAAGACAAAAUUGUGUUUGGCAAUAUCCACCAGAUUUAUGACUGGCACAAAGACUUUUUCCUGGCUGAACUGGAAAAGUGUCUUCAGGAACCUGACCGCUUAGCGCAGCUCUUUAUAAAACAUGAAAGACGAUUGCACAUGUACGUGGUGUAUUGCCAAAACAAGCCACGAUCAGAAUACGUAGUAGCUGAAUAUGAUGCAUAUUUUGAGGAGCUUCAGCAAGAAAUAAACCAGCGGUUAACCCUCAGUGACUUUUUGAUCAAACCCAUCCAGAGAAUAACAAAAUACCAGCUUCUACUCAAGGACUUCCUGAGAUACAGUGAAAAAGCUGGACUGGAAUGUUCUGAGACAGAGAAAGCAGUUGAAUUAAUGUGCCUUGUACCAAAACGUUGCAAUGAUAUGAUGAACCUGGGCCGUCUUCAGGGCUUCGAGGGCAAGCUGACGGCUCAAGGAAAGCUGCUGCAGCAGGAUACCUUCUACGUCACCGAGCAGGACUCUGGAAUGCAGUGUCGGCCAAAAGAGCGGAGGGUCUUCCUCUUUGAGCAAAUAGUCAUCUUCAGCGAGCUUCUUAGGAAGGGCUCUCUGACACCAGGCUACAUGUUCAAGAAAAGCAUAAAGAUGAACUACCUAGUCCUUGAAGACAAUGUGGAAAAUGAUCCUUGCAAGUUUGCUCUCAUGAACCGGGAAACAUCCGAGCGAGUGAUUCUACAGGCUGCCAAUCCUGAAAUCCAGCAAGCUUGGGUACAGGACAUCAAUCAGGUCCUGGAAACGCAAAGAGACUUUCUAAAUGCACUGCAGUCUCCUAUAGAGUAUCAACGCAAAGAAAAUAGCUCAGCGGUAAUGAGGCCCCAAACCAGCAGGGUGCCUCAGCCCAACAGCAGACCCUAUUCUUCUGUUGCAGUCGGCUCUGAGAAGCCUUUGAAGGCUGCAAGCCGUAACCCAUCUCUCCCACCCUUGAAGAUAUCUACCUCCAAUGGCAGUGCAGGGUAUGAACACCAGCAGCCCGGGGACAAAUAUGAACAAAGCAAGAAUGACCUGGGAGGGUGCAAUGGGACCUCUUCCAUGGUGGUAAUCAAAGAUUACUAUGCACUGAAGGAGGACGAGAUCUGCGUGAAUCAGGGUGAGGUGGUUCAGAUCCUCGCCAUCAACCAGCAGAAUAUGUUCCUGGUGUACCAGCCUGCAAAUGAUCACUCCCCAGCCGCUGAGGGAUGGAUUCCAGGAAAUAUCUUGGCUCCCCUCACUAAAUCCACUACAGAUAAUACCGACGGAAGCAUCAAGAAGUCAUGUUCAUGGCAUACCCUGCGCAUGAGAAAGCGGGCGGAAAUGGAGAGCAGUGGCAAAAAUGAAGCCAAUGGGCCACGUAAAUCCAAGGAUAUUCUGGGCAACAAAGUCUCUGUUAAAGAGACGAACAGCUCAGAGGAAUCAGAGUGUGAUGACCUUGACCCCAAUACUAGCAUGGAGAUAAUUAACCCAAAUUUCAUCCAAGAAGUGGCUCCUGAAUUCCUUGUGCCACUAGUGGAUGUUACCUGUUUGCUGGGGGACACGGUGAUGUUGCAGUGCAAAGUCUGUGGACGCCCAAAGCCAACCGUCACCUGGAAGGGACCAGAUCAAAAUAUCCUUGACAAUGACAACAGCACAGCCACUUACACAGUGUCAUCCUGUGAGUCUGGGGAGCUCACCCUGAAGAUCUGCAACCUGAUGCCUCAGGACAGUGGCAUUUACACCUGUGUGGCAGCCAAUGAGCACGGAACGGCUUCCACCUCCGCUACAAUCAAAGUGCAAGGUGUUCCAGCAGCCCCGAACCGCCCCAUCGCUCAGGAAAGAAGCUGUACAUCAGUGAUCCUGCGCUGGAUGCCCCCAUCCAGUACAGGAAAUUGUACCAUUUCUGGCUACACCGUAGAAUACAGAGAAGAAGGAUCCCACGUCUGGCAACAGUCGGUAGCCUCAACGUUGGAUACCUAUCUUGUCAUUGAAGAUCUAACCCCAGGAUGCCAGUAUCAGUUCAGAGUCAGUGCCAGCAACCCCUGGGGAAUUAGUUUGCCUAGUGAGCCAUCGGAGUUUGUGAGGCUCCCAGAAUACGACUCUGCUGCUGAUGGUGCCACUAUUUCAUGGAAAGAAAACUUUGACUUUGCAUACACAGAACUGCAUGAGAUUGGGAGGGGUCGAUUCGCCGUAGUAAAGAAAUGUGUUCACAAAGCCACCCGGAAAGAUGUUGCCGUGAAAUUCAUUAGCAAAAAAAUGAAAAAGAAAGAGCAGGCGGCACAUGAAGCGGCUUUGCUACAGCACUUACAGCACCCGCAGUACAUCACCAUCCAUGAUACCUAUGAGUCACCCACGUCCUAUAUCUUAGUUUUGGAACUGAUGGACGAUGGCCGUCUCUUGGAUUAUCUCAUGAAUCACGAUGAGCUGAUGGAGGAGAAAGUAGCUUUCUACAUCAGAGAUACAAUGGAGGCACUACAAUAUCUUCACAAUUGCAGAGUGGCUCAUUUAGACAUAAAGCCAGAAAAUCUGCUCAUUGACUUAAGGAUCCCUGUGCCUCGGGUCAAGCUGAUAGACUUAGAAGAUGCAGUUCAAAUCACAGGACAUUACCACAUUCACCAACUACUUGGAAACCCUGAGUUUGCAGCUCCUGAAGUUAUCCAAGGUGUCCCUGUCUCACUGAGCACGGAUAUCUGGAGCAUUGGGGUCCUCACCUAUGUCAUGUUAAGUGGUGUUUCUCCAUUCCUGGAUGAAAGCAAAGAAGAGACGUGCAUCAAUGUGUGCAGAGUGGAUUUCAGUUUCCCGUCAGAGUAUUUCUCAGACGUGAGCCUGGCUGCCAGAGACUUCAUCAAUGUUAUCCUUCAGGAAGACUUCAGGAGAAGACCAACAGCAGCCACCUGUUUACAGCAUCCUUGGCUGCAGCCGCAUACUGGCAGCUAUUCCAAAAUCCCACUGGAUACCUCCCGCUUGGCUUCCUUCAUAGAGCGCCGCAAGCACCAAUAUGACGUGCAUCCAGUUCCCAACGUUAAGAGCUUCAUAAUGAGUAGGAUGAAUUCUGGAACGUAAUGCAAUAUAUUCCUGAGCUAUUACAUGACUAGUCCUAAGACCAAGAAUACAGUAUGAGCAGACAUGCUGCAGAAUCUGUCUGUAUAUAAUUCUGUAUUAAGUAUUUAUUUCAUGUGGUUCCCCAGACUGAGGGUUAUAAAUUGUACCAGUAGUUGCAGUCUCUGUCCAAUUACUCAGAACCAAAGUGAAUAUAGACAGUUUCAGGUGGGCACAUCCAGCCUCUUGACAAGGCUAUUCUUGGGAAGCAAGAAAUCUGCCUGUUAUAGUAAAGUCCACACAACAAAGAGGGUGUUUAAGAUGAACACCAGCUGGAAGAGGGAACCAAAAUACUGUUGCCUUAUUUUUGUUAAAGGCAGACUUAUGAGAGACCCCCAUUGGUCUUGCUGAACUGAUUUCAAAAUAUAAAUGAUGGAGUUGGAGCAGAGUAGUGGGUAAAACUAGGCUGAAUCUAGGCAGUCGAUAUUUACAACAAAUCCAAAUUGAAUUUGGAGUUUGCAGAAAUCACUGAUAACUAAGUCCUUAAUAAAGGCUGAAUUUUGUGAGCCCUCUGUACCCAGGACUCCCACUGACUUCACUGAGGAGGGCACACAAGGUCACGCUCUAUUUACAGCUUUUCUGAUGGUGAGAUUUCAAUACUUUCUUUACACAGUCUUGCUCAAGCAGGCAGAAAUCCCACACAGGAUUAUAGAAUCUUUUGCUAUAUCGAGUCAACAUGCAGUAACUUUCAAAAUGACAGUUAAGGCAGUGAAUUCACCGGAGAAUAAAGCUGUUUUGACUAAGCACAAUGAGACGACAAUGGUUUUUUAAAAAAUGUUUUCUAAGCCUUGUAUAGAAAUCUUUUGCAGAACCUGUGCGUUGAGAAAAGGGUGUCAAAUUUUUGCAGUAUCUGUAAACUAGAUGAUGAUGUUAACAACGAUAAUUUUUUGUAUCACAGGUUGUUCAAUAUACCUAUAUUGUGUGUACAUAUAUAAAUAUAUAAAAAGGACCCUGUUUCACUUCUAGCUUCAAAAACUGCUUGGUCCAAAGCCAGUCAAAGUGCAGUAAGAGUAGGGAGUUUAUCCUUGUGCUUACAGCUUCAAAAUGGUUUUCUAUGUAUAAAAUUGGUUGCUGAUGUUUCCAGAUCCAUAAAUAUUUCUUCAGCUGCUUUAAGGCUCCAUCACCAAAGCAUUUGUGAGGCUAUCUUUUAUGUCCAAAGCCUAGUUAGAAAUAACAGAAUCAUCAUUCCAAGCCAAGUUGCAACAUUUUCAUAUUGAUGUUAUGGUAGCAGGGCUGACUUUAAAUACAAGUAACAUGGGAAAUCUCACAUGGAGGUCCAACAGUUCACAGGCUGGCCAAAUAUUCCCUUUUAAGCAGUACGACUGGAGGAGUAGGCAAUACACCGGUGCUCCCUCAUCCUGUUCCAGCAUCUUGGGACAGUUAAUAGGGUCCCAAGCCAGCGCCCUGUGGGGGAUCUGGCUGAUCAGAUAAUCAGGAAAGGGGUAUAUCUUUCCAGGCACAUGGGUAGUAGCUCUAUCAAUGGUGAGCUCUGCCAGUGUGCCUGGGGUAGGUAAUAUUCAAGCUCUUACCAUAGCAGUUGAUAGUAAACUCUUGAUUGGCAGGGUUGGAUUUCCCAAGGCAAAAGGUUUGAUCUGCUAAUCUGUGCACAUCAUAGCCUAUCUUGAGGAAAUGCGUAGGAGCAAUAGUGAAAUCCAGCAGUGGUAAGUGGUCUGUCUGCUGGUAAUGUCCACAGGAGUCGGUAGGUAGGCAGAAAGACAAUCUCUGCAGCCCCAAAGUGACAAAAUCCCUCUGCCUGCCUGCUAAUGCCUUGGGGCUCUACCAGCCCUUGAUCCUCUUCAAAUUUCAGCUCCUUCUGGGAUUUUAGAGCACUGCAUUUGUCCUACACCAUGAAACUGCACCAGUCACAAUGAAGUUAGGGCCCUCUGUGGCUGUUGGGUGGGAUAUUAAGCUGUUGGGUGGGUUUUGCUAGUGGACAAAGAAACAGAAAGAAACAGGCUAAGACUUUCACUGCUAUACAAGUGUAGAUAUAAACAUGGAGCCUUGGGAAAGGGGACCCACCAUUGGUGGGGGAGACUAAGUAACUGGCUAGUUUCAGGGGCAACCUGACACUGCAUCCAUGAUGGGGGAACGUCAGGUACUCAGUAACAGAAGGCAAGAGUCUGCCCGAAGGGCUAGGAAGGGGAGAGGCUUGGCCAGGGGCUGAAAAGAAUGCAUGAACUGGAACCUAUUUUAUUUCCUCCCUUUAAUGUGGCAGCUAAUUUUCCAAGCAAUGCAGUGCAGUGGCCCCUUCCCACAAGAUAGAGAAUGGAAUAGUGGCCUUCGCAAGGCUGCAAAUGUUCCUCCAGAUGACAGCCAAUGGGCUUCUUACAUUAGCUCAGCUCUCAGGUACUUUCUCACUAUGGGACUGUUUAUUUUCCCCUUCUUCCUAUUUGUAGAAGUUGGCCCGUGGGGAUAUCUUGUCUAUCUCCUAUGACUGUGCUGCCCUUAAAAAGGUUUAUGGGAGGGUGGUUAAUAGAACCCACAGCUUUCCUAAGACCUGUGUAGUUGUUAAACCUCAAACUUUCUGUAUGAUUUCAAAAAAUCAUAGAUCUUGCGAAAUCGUGAGUCGCUUAUGAUUUUAUUUCCUUACAACUACAUUCCAGUCUCAAAUUGCCACACCAAGCGCAUAACACUUUGGGACAUGUAGGAAAAAUAUUGGGUUGUUUAAAGAAUUUUUUUAAGUGUCUUACUGGCAUUAAAUUAAGGCGGCUGAAAGGAUGCUGGGUUCAGUCCUGUGGCUCUAAAACUGCUUUAAGACAGUGAAGUGACAUUUAGAGGAGAAAUUGGGAGAUAUGGAACAUUGAACCCAUAGAUCUCAUGCAUUUCUUUUUCUUCAUUGGUUUAGUAACUUUGCAUUGGAAAGAUCCAUUUCUUGAGCAUGUCUUUUUUUCUGUACACUCAUAAAAUUCUGGCCUCUUUAAUCACAAGUGUAUCUAGAAUUGUUUCAUGCAAGGUCUUGCGCUGGUCACCUAGGUAAAAUUCCCAUUGAUUAGGAAUUGUUUUGUGAAUAAGUGGCAAUUUGGCUCCUAAGUGUCAUUGUACAUUAAACACUAGAGGAGUGGAUCUGAUCUUGCUCCCACUCAACUAAUUAGGUCUGGACUUUGCACUUCUUUGAGGGUAUAACUCUGCCCCCAUGACGCCCAUGAAGCCCAACCCUUUGGGCAAAAGGAGCCGCAAAGUGGACUAGUGGAUGCAGAACUACAACAGCCUUGUCUCUCUGCAUUUCCAUCAUGUUAAGUCUUUCCCACAAUAAACAAGAAAAAACUCAUGAUGUUCAGUUAGGCUACUAACUAAGAAAGUCAAAGCCCUAAGACAGUUGCUAAGUAGGGAUGAAGCUAUGCCAGGAAUCUUUAACGUUCAAGGCACACUUAUAGCCAAAUGAUGGUGUGACUGUAGCAUGGAAAGACAUUGUUCAGGAGUUAUAAUUUAACUAGCACAGGUAACAAUAGUACCAAAAAUCUGAUAAAAGUUUGAGCGUGGGUUAGCAACUGGAGUACAUAACCCAAAUCUCUUAUGCUACCAUGCUAAAGUUUGGCCCACUUGGUUGUUUAGACACACCUGCUGGAAGACAUCCUGGAAGGUGGCAAUGCAGUUACUAAAGUAUCCACCUAUAAAAGAAAUCUGUUUUAUAGUCCUGUGCCAAUGGACUGAACUAUGACGGGCAAAUUUUAAGGAAAUGCACAUGGCAAAAAUAAACUGAGUGGAGAAAGCUGAGUUUCUCAUUGCCCAUAAAUCAUUUAGCUCUGCUGAGGGUGUGGACAGAUUAAACAUUUAUACCAUUGUAAUUAGCAUUGUAUCAAUAUAAAAAUGUAGCAAGCAAUCGGACAACAAAAAAAUCCCUAAGCCAAAGGAACUUCACCCGAUCUGAUGGAGAAUUACCCUGAAAGAAUCAGAGGUAAAACUCUACUAGUGGAAAUAAAACUGGUUCACUCUACGGUAGCUGUGUGCUAGAGACAAACAAGCAAUAAUUUGCCACCCUGCCAAGGUGUUGUGAUAGCACCUAUCAUCCUGGAACAGCUUCAUAUCUGUCUGUUCCCAGUGCCAACAUCAUUUACAUUAGUAUACAAGCCUGAUGUCAAUGACGCUGGGGUAAAGGAUAAUUUCUCUACACCCUCAGAGUGGCCAGGCCAAAUGUGUAUACGUUACACAUACUCUUUUAUACUUGUCCAUGCAGUAUUGAAAGUUUUUAUCUGCUCUCUAAAUCAAGGAUUGCCACACAAAUAAAUCCUGAUGUCUCAGCCAAGCUACAUAGCGGCAGACCCAAAGUGCUGCCUUAAGACAGAGCUCACAGUACAGCAGGCCACAGCUAGCUGCCUCUCAGUUCCUGAAAAGGGCCAAUAAGCAGGAAGGAAGAAAGCUCAAGACUGAAUUUAAAACAAUCUGAGCUUUGCGUGCCCUAUCUUCUUAUCCUCCAGCAUCUUUCUCCCCCUUCUUCCUUCCUCCCCUAAAUAACUGAUCUUUUCUGCAGCAAUACUAUCUUGAGGUGCUGGCUGCUAGAAAUCUUCGGUGCCUGUGUCCAAAAGCUUGCAAAUAAAUAUAUAUAUUUUUGCAAACAUCUAGUUGGUCUAAAAAAAGGUAUCACCUCUGCCACAAGUUCUGAUUCCUUUUGCCUCUAGACCAAUACAGCUACAACCUGGAUACCUGGCUGCUAGAAAAAAAAAUUAGUUCCCUUUAAAAAUAAGUUAAGAUCUGGGCAAGUUCUGCCCUGGAUGUCACCUGUAUGAUUUCUGGGGCUUUGGUGGAUUUCAUUAGUAUAGCUGAGGGCAUGAGUUACCUUUGCUAUGCAAACCAUCAGCAGAGGCUAAAGAUGGAGCUGUACAAUGUUAUUUGAAAGGAGGGUCUUUGGUUAUAUAUAACAGUACCUUAAUGCCUUCUCAUUUAGAGGAUGAUAAUCAAAUGAUCUCAGAUCACACAAUCUUCAGAGACCAGUUUGGUGAGUAACAUGCUCACCAGAACUGACUGACUGACCAUUAUAUGCACACACGCAGACUAGCCUUUCGGUUUUAUAUCCCGUCCGUUCCCCCUUGAGGCAGAGUCCUCUCAAAGAUGCAGAUUUAUUGUCCCAUUCACACUUCUACGUUCCAUCAGAAAACGGUGCUUUCCUGAGGGAACAAAAAAAAUCCCGUUUCACAAGGCCGAUUGCACACUGCCAUCAAGUGAUGAAUUCCUAUUCUGGACUCUGUAUAGCGGUGAGUGUUACCAUAAUGUCAGGAUUCUGAAUAUUUGCUGUAAUUGUAGUCUUUGAAUAUGAAGCUAGUGAAAAUGAACAUCUUCUCUACUCACUUAAGCCAUAUUUCACCUCCAUGUCCAACUUUUGAUGCUGGUGCUUUUACUUCUCUUUCUACCAAACUGUUCAAAAUCACUCUGCCACUGAGGUCAGUAAAACCACACAUGCUUUCUGUGACUACCAAAAGGAAGGCAAAUGCAGGGGACAAUCACAAAUGCAAUCUCAGUGAGACCUAACCCCAGAUGAACAGCAGUGGCCAAAGAGUAAACAGUUGGCGCACACUGAUGCUAUUCAAUCUCAGCAACAGUCAAUUGAAGGAGGAAAAAAGAAACAGUAUUGCUAAUAGCUCAGCAUUUUCAAGGUGCAAAUUAAUUCCACAGCCUUAAUUGUUUCAGUGUAUUGCUGGUCUGCCUUAAGUGUAUCUUCUGUUUUACGGCCAAUUUCAUUUUGUACACACACACGGUUGUUUUGUAAAGGUAAGUUUGUAAAUAUUUUAUUUGUCAAGUCUGAUCCCUCCCCGUGUAACGUUGUAAAGUGAUAACUUGCUGUCGCAUCUUAUUACUCCUCUCCCGCGUAACAUGCGAUCGUCGAGAGACGACGCUUCGAGCCGUACAUCUUGUCUGUCGCCGCAUUCCUAUAGCGUACACUCACGAUAUGGUUUCUGGGUUUCUUUUUAUUAAAGACAAUUGUUCAGACAAA